CUCAGAGAGCGAGCAGGCGAGAAAGCGCUUUCCAUCUCACUCAAUGCUAAGUCAGGAUCUGAACAUCUCCCUGCCGCCCCGGCCAAAUGACAUAGGAUGAAGGCUAUUCGUAACCUGUUGAUUUAUAUAUUUUCCACCUAUCUGCUGGUUAUGUUUGGAUUAACUGGUGCCCAAGACUUCUGGUGUUCCACUUUGGUGAAAGGAGUCAUUUAUGGAUCUUUUUCGGUGACUGAGAUGUUUCCGAAGAACUAUACCAACUGUACUUGGACGUUGGAAAACCCUGACCCUACCAAAUACAGCAUCUACCUUAAACUUUAUAAACGAGACUUGAGCUGCUCAGAGUUCUCCUUGUUGGCUUAUCAAUUUGAUCAUUUCUCACACGAGAAGAUCAACGAGUUAUUGCGGAGCAACGAAUCUAUCGUCUACCUUUGUGAUUCUAAGCAUAUAUAUGUAUUUUUGCAGUACGAUAAGAAUUUCGUGCAGCUUCGGCGGGUUUUCCCUUUCGAUUACAAUGGAUUGACACCGAAGAAACCUGAGGAAGAUCUGAAGUCAGUGGUGGAGUUUUUGGUUUUGAAUAAGGCGAGUCCAAGCCAGUUUGGUUGCCAAGUGUUAUGUACGUGGUUGGAAAACUGCUUGAAAGGAGAAAAGGGGACUGUGGAAACUUGUGGAAUGGUUUAUACAAAAUGCACCUGUCCUCAACAUUUGGGCGAUGGAGAUUCCGACAAUAUGCUCAUGCUCAACAAUGUGGUCUUGCCUUUAAAUCCCCAAACGGAGGGAUGCCUCACCCCACAACUGCAAACUGCGCAGACGUGCAAUCUUAGCGCAGAGGUGAAACGGCCUCUGAAGGAGGAAUUUGGAAUGAUCGAAGAGAAUACUGUAAAAAGUCAGCGGCCGAGAUCAGUUCAUGACACAAAGGGUCAACAGGAGCAAGAUGAGUCUGCUAAAUUUAUGGCACAAACUGGUGAGACGGGCGCUGAGGAGUGGUCCCAGUGGAGCUCCUGCUCGGUCACCUGUGGUCAAGGCUCGCAGGUGCGCACGAGAACGUGUAUCUCGCCUUAUGGAACGCACUGCAGCGGCCCUUUACGAGAGUCAAGGGUUUGCAAUAACACUGCCCUCUGUCCAGUGCACGGCGUGUGGGAGGAGUGGUCGCCCUGGAGCCUGUGUUCGUUCACCUGCGGCCGCGGGCACCGCACACGCUCGCGGAAUUGCGUCCCACCUCAGCAUGGCGGACGAGCCUGUGACGGCCCGGAGACCCAGAGCAAGCUCUGCAACAUCGCCCUCUGCCCAGUGGACGGCCAGUGGCAGGAGUGGAGUGCGUGGAGCGACUGCUCAGUGACCUGUGCCAAUGGGACUCAGCAGUGGCCAAGGAUCAACAGUGGUUCGACCCCCGCGGGGGGUCAGUGCCGCGGGCACUGGGCCGAGAGCAGAGAGUGCUACAACCCCGACUGCACAGCUAAUGGGCAGUGGAAUCCCUGGGGGCCGUGGAGUGGCUGCUCCAAAUCGUGCGAUGGCGGGUGGCAGAAGCGGGCGCGCGUGUGCCAAGGGGCGGCAGCCACGGGCCAGGAGUGCAGCGGCACCGGGGAGGAAGUCCGCAAGUGCAGUGACCAGCGUUGCCCAGCUCCGUACGAGAUCUGUCCUGAGGACUACGCCGUCUCCAUGCUCUGGAGAAGAACACCAUCUGGUGAACUUGCCUUCAACAGGUGCCCACCCAACGCCACAGGCACCACUAGUCGACGCUGCGCGCUGGAUCAACAUGGGGUGGCCUACUGGGAGCAGCCCAGCUACGCUCGAUGCAUAGCAAAUGAAUACAGAUACUUGCAGCAAUCAGUCCAGGGCCACCUCACCAAGGGCCAGAAGAACCUGGCGGGUGACGGCAUGUCCCAGGUCACCAAGGUGCUGCUGGACCUCACGCAGAGGCGCGUCUUCUACGCCGGUGACCUGCUCUCGUCCGUGGAGAUCCUGCGCAACGUGACGGACACCUUCAAGCGGGCCAGCUACGAGCCGUCCUCCGACGACGUGCAGAACUUUUUCCAGAUCAUCAGUAACCUCCUGGAGGAGGAGAACAGGGAGAAGUGGGAGGACGCUCAGCAGAUCUACCCAGGGUCGGUGGAGUUAAUGCAAGUCAUCGAAGAGUUUAUCCACAUUGUUGGCCUGGGCAUGAAAGACUUCCACAAUGCCUACCUGAUGACAGGGAACCUGGUGGCCAGCAUCCAGAGGCUCCCGGCAGUGUCCGUCAUGACCGACAUCAAUUUCCCCAUGAAGGGCAGGAAGGGGAUGGUGGACUGGGCCAGGAACUCUGAAGACAAAGUGGUCAUCCCCAAGGGCAUUUUUCUACCACAGUCUGCAGACAUGGAUGGGUCGCCUGUGUUCAUACUUGGGACAGUCCUAUACAAGACACUGGGGCUGAUGUUGCCAUCCCCAAAGAAUAACACAGCUGUGAACUCCAAGGUCAUCGCCGUGACGGUGCGCCCAGAGCCAAAGGUCACAGAGGUGCAGAUGGAGAUCGAGCUCGCUCACCUGGCCAAUGGAACAAAGAAUCCUUUCUGUGCAUUGUGGGAUAGUACCAUCAUGAACGAUUCUUGGGGAACCUGGUCCUCCAGAGGAUGCAAAACCGUGCUUACCGAUGCAUCCCAUACUAAAUGCUUAUGUGAUCGUGUAUCUACCUUCGCCAUUUUGGCUCAACAACCACGAGAAAUAACCAUGGAGUACACAGGGGUUCCGUCUGUGACACUGGUCAUUGGCUGCGGCCUGUCCUGUCUGGCCUUGAUCACGUUGGCAGUGGUCUAUGCCGUGCUCUGGAGAUACAUCAGGUCCGAGCGGUCAAUCAUCUUGAUUAACUUCUGUCUGUCCAUUAUCUGCUCCAACAUCCUCAUCUUGGUAGGACAGACGCAAACUCACAAUGCAGGUGUCUGCACGAUGACGACAGCCUUUCUGCACUUCUUCUUCCUGGCAUCCUUCUGCUGGGUCCUGACGGAGGCGUGGCAGUCCUACAUGGCUGUCACGGGGAAGGUGCGGACCAGACUCAUCCGCAAACGCUUCCUCUGUCUGGGAUGGGGACUCCCAGCUUUGGUAGUGGCCAUCUCCAUGGGUUUCACGAAGGCCAAAGGCUAUGGGACACCUCAAUACUGUUGGCUUUCACUGGAAGGAGGACUCCUCUACGCGUUUGUCGGACCAGCGGCUGCCGUGGUUCUGGUCAACAUGGUGAUCGGCAUCCUAGUGUUCAACAAACUGGUGUCCAGAGAUGGAAUCCUGGACAAGAAGCUGAAGCACAGAGCCGGGCAGAUGAGCGAGCCUCAUACAGGAUUAACUCUUAAAUGUGCCAAGUGUGGGGUUGUCUCCACAACCGCUUUAUCAGCAACCACGGCCAGCAACGCCAUGGCGUCUCUAUGGAGCUCCUGUGUGGUCCUGCCCCUGUUGGCUCUGACCUGGAUGUCGGCCGUGCUUGCCAUGACGGACAAGCGCUCCAUCCUCUUUCAGAUCCUGUUCGCCGUCUUCGACUCCCUGCAGGGCUUUGUCAUCGUGAUGGUCCACUGCAUCCUGAGGAGAGAGGUCCAAGAUGCCUUCAGAUGUCGACUCCGAAACUGCCAGGACCCGAUGAGCGCGGAUGCCACUGGAACCUUCCCUAAUGGCCAUGCGCAGAUUAUGACCGACUUUGAGAAAGACGUCGACAUCGCCUGUCGAUCAGCGCUCCACAAGGACAUGGGCUCGUGCCGCGCAGCCACCAUCACCGGCACGCUGUCGCGCAUCUCCCUCAACGACGAGGAGGAGGACGGCAAGGCUCCGGAGGGCCUCAACUACUCCACGCUGCCGGGCAACAUCAUGUCCAAGGUGAUCAUCCAGCCGCCGUCGGGGCUCCACAUGUCCAUGGGCGGACUGGGCGACCUGGGCGACGGCACGGGCGACAUGCGGCGCACCGUCUACCUGUGCACGGACGACGCGCUGCGCCACAGCGAGCAGGACAUGGCCAGCCACGAGAUGGGCAGCCACUCACCGCAGGGCGCCAUGGAGACCGACUACAUCGUCAUGCCCAGGGCGUCGGCGGCCGCUGCAGCGGCGGCGGCGUCCGGCUCGGCCGGCAGCAUGCCCACUCUGAUCAAGGAGGAGAGCAACAAGAUGAACAUCCCCAUGGAGGCGCUGGGCCCGCACGACCGCAUGAUGCCGCACUACAAGGUGGGGCCCGACUUUGGCAUGGGCCCCAUGGGCAUGGAGCACGUGGGCAUGAGCCCCGAGCAGCAGUUCCCGCCGCCGCCCGAGCACAUGCAGAACCUGCCCUUCGAGCCGCGCACCGCCGUCAAGAACUUCCUGGCCGAGAUGGAGGAGAGUGGAGGCCUGUCCAGAAGCGAGACGGGCUCCACCAUAUCCAUGAGCUCUCUAGAGAGAAGGAAGUCGCGCUAUUCGGAGCUGGACUUUGAGAAAGUCAUGCACACCAGGAAAAGACACAUGGAGCUGUUCCAGGAACUGAAUCAGAAAUUUCAAACCCUGGACCGUUUUCGAGACAUACCAAAUAUGGGCAGCAUGGACAAAACAAUGCCAAACAAGAACCCGUGGGAGAGCUACAACCCUACCUGCGAAUACCAGAACUACGCCACCAUGAAUGUACUAGACCCCGACCACAAGGAUACUCUGGAGAUGACCGCGGCUGAGUGGGAGAAGUGUGUCAACCUUCCACUGGACGUCCAGGAGGGCGACUUCCAAACGGAAGUGUAGAACGACGCCAAGGAGAGGGGGCGAGAAGGGGGGUCCGUGGGCUCGCCCGUGCAAGGCAAGGAGAGACAGAGAGAGAGAGACGUAAACCACGACAACCCAGGAAGUGAGAAAAAGGAGAAUGAGAUGUAUUUUGCACUUGAAUGGACUAUCCUUGCAGCCCCGGUAGACAUAUCUGGAUCUAAGGACUAUGGCAGGGACAUUAUGUGCCAAUAAGAUUUUAAAAAAAAGUGGAGAGGGGAAAAAAACUAUUAAAAAAUCUAAACAAAACAAAACAAAAUAAAAAAGACAUCAGUGUUUCUUUUUUGUAUUCUCACUAGUGUGCUUCGUGGGGGCAGCCAGGUGUACAAAUAUUUACCAUCAUGUGUUUCAAAGUACCCGUGGAAAGAAUUUGGCUUCAAAAAAAAGGUCGCCUUUCAAGGUGAAACCUUCAAAAACGCAAAAACGACCCACUGCGUGUUAACCACAGCUUCGCCGGGUUUAGUGUCCAUUUGAAAAUGAAACUGGACAUGAACCCAGAAGCACAAUGUAUAUAUUUAUGCAGGUUUUUAAAAAGUUUAUAACAGUCUGUUUGGCCAUUACUACACUUUUUACUUUAUAAUAUGAUGAGAACGUUGAGAGGCAAAGCGGAUUUUUUCUGUCAUUUAAAAUGAAUGUUUGUCAAGCUACAUUCUUCAUUGCUUUAAAUGCAAUAAAGGUAAUACUCACUUUUAUAUGAAUAAUAUAUUUCACAACUUUAAUACUGCAGAUCCUGCUUGAAGGCUCCCAGCAACCUCUCUCAUCUGCAGUCCUGUAAAAAAUAUUUAAAAAACAAAAAUACAAAAAUGUUGUAAUGGUGUAAAUAAACUUUUGUCUACAUAUGUUUUACUUGUGCCAAUUUAUUUUAAUGAAAAAAAAAAUGCCAAGCUGAUCAAGAGUUAUAGCUAAAAAUGUUAACAUUUGAAAAAGGAAUGUAAAUAAAAGAGGAAAUAUGUUCGUA